GACAACACAAGGAGCAGAAUGUGAUCUCGGCGUGGGUGUGGCCUGGACUGCGGGAGGCGUGGCCUGACUGUGAGAGGCGUGGCCUGGAGCCUGAGCCACUUUCCCCCGGGCAGGAUCCGACACCCAGCGCGGCCGACCUCCAGGAGAAGUUUCGCGUGAGCGUUGAGGUGAGGUGUCAACACACACAUGGACGUCAGGAGGCUGAACGAUGCUACCAGGUUCCAAAUCUCCAAAUAGUUGGUUCCUGGGCGACAACACUCCUCAAGAGGACGACGAGACCAUGAGCUGCGAGCAGCGACCAGCCGGCCCCGACACGGACUCCACGUGUGCCCGCCUUUACCACCCGGACUCCUUCUCGGACCCCUCCCACCUUUCCCCCCCGGACUCCUCCUCAGACCCCUCCCUGCCGGGCGCUCGCAGGCCGGACGGAGAAGACGGCCACCUGGGCUCCUGCUCCUUCCCGCCGGCUCCUUUCCCCAGCCUGGCCGACGGCGUGUGGCCGCCGCCCUCCGGCCCGUCGGGUGACUGGUCGGGUUACCCCAGCAGCGCGGCGUCCUCCAAGGAGCCGUGCGGCUGCUGCGGCGAGAGCAAGUCUCUGAGCAGCCUGGAGCAACCCUUCUCGCUGCGCUCCGAGCCGCCCAGCCGCCACCACACCCUGCCCCCCUACAUGUGCUCUCCCCCGGGGGCGGCCUGCUGGGCCCAAUGUCCUGCAGACACCUUCAACAUCCACCCGUGCUUCCAGCAGAAGCGGGCAGACCAGGGUCCUCAGUGUCCCUGCAGACUUCCCUGGGGAGCCUUCACGCCAAUCAGCCACUUCAGCGGGGGUCCUGGGGAGAGGCAGACGUCGCCCAGCAUGCCGCUGUCUUUGGAGCAGAGGAAGGUCUUCGUCACCUACGAGGCCGACCACGACGCGCACGUGAGCGAGAUCAUCAAGUUUGUGGCUCUGCUGCGGCACAACGGCUUCGACACGCACAUCGACAUAUUCGAGCAGCAGUUUCGCAGCAUCAGCAAGAUCGACUUCAUGGAGCGCUACCUGGGCGAGAAGGAGUACCUGAUCAUCAUCAUCAUCAGCCCCAAGUACUACGAGACGGUGACCGCCUCCCACGUCAGCCCCGACAUCGACGAGCGGGCGUGCAACGCCGUCUACAUCCACAAACAGCUGCAGACUGAGUUCAUCCAGAAUGGAAGCAAGAAUUUCCGCUUUAUUCCCAUUGUGUUCCCUGGCGCUAAAAAGUGUCACGUCCCAACAUGGCUGCAGAAUACUCACGUGUACGCUUGGCCGCUGGACCGCGACGACAUCCUGCGGCGGCUGAUGAGAGUCGAAAAGUACAACCCGCCUCCUAUUGGUGAACUGCCCACUAUCGUGUCCAUCCCCAUAUGAACCUGUAUCACCCUGUAUCACCCCAAAUGGCAUCAUUACACCCAUACUAUGCUGUUUGACCCCAUAUCACCCUAUAUGACCCCACAUGACCCGGUCUGAUAUGGCAGAACCUUCUUUGAAGUUGUAGCUAGCAGGAAGAUAAUCGAUGCGACACCAACAACGUUUCAUGUGAAUUGGAAGACAUUUUUAUUUGUGACUAAUUGGAGGAUUUUAAUGUGCAGCCAAUAAACAUAUUUUAUAUAUUG